UUACACCUCACGCCGGUGGCUCCUCCUGACGUAAGCGGACGUCACCCGGAAACGCGUCCUUCGAAACCAGGAGGCAACAUGGCAGAGCACAGAGACCCACAUCAUGAUGGAGAGGUGGACGAUGUCCCCGAGCUCUCAGACAGCGGGGACGAUGAGCAGUGGCAGUGCCUGGACGAGGAGGACAGUGAUGACCAACACGUCACCUGUCUCUUCUGUGACCGGUUGUUGAACUCUGUGCCGAUUACACUACAACACUGUUCAACCGAGCACCAAUUCAAUCUCGUAGAUGUGAUACGCAAGCACAAUUUGGACGACUAUGGAUACAUCAAGCUGAUCAACUUCUUACGGUCCAAAAAGGUUAGCGCGGCGGAUGUCACCGGGCUGCCAGAGGGCCCACUCCCCUGGGACAGCGAGGACUUCCUCAGACCCGUUCUGCAGGACGACCCCCUGCUUCAGACCGACCCUGAGGAGCUGUGUGGGGAUGAUGGGGAAGGCCCCGCCCAAGGCCCCGUGCCUGGGGCCCCCGACCAGGGUGCCAUGCUGCAGAGGGCCCAGUCUGCUGAGGACAGGGCCCAACGGGCGGAGGAAGCCCUCGCUAGAGCCAUGGACGACCUGCACAAACUCAAGGUGCUGGCCCAGGGGCUGGUGCUGAACGCGGACACCAGGCGGGCGCCGGGCAGCCUGGGCCCCGUGGCGGAGCUCCGGGACGACGAGGACGACGCCUACUUCAGCUCCUACGGCCACUACGGCAUCCAUCAGGAGAUGCUCAAGGAUAAGGUGCGCACAGAGAGCUACCGAGACUUCAUGUACCGAAACCCAGAGGUCUUCAAAGACAAGGUUGUGCUGGACGUGGGCUGUGGGACCUGCAUCCUCUCCAUGUUUGCUGCCAGAGCUGGCGCCGCGAAGGUGAUCGCGGUGGACCAAUCAGAGAUCAUCUAUCAAGCCAUGGAUAUAGUUCGGGCCAAUCAGCUUGAAGACAAGAUCACGCUAAUCAAAGGACGUAUAGAGGACAUCAGCCUACCUGUGGAGAAGGUCGACAUCAUCAUCUCCGAAUGGAUGGGUUACUUCCUGCUGUUUGAGUCCAUGCUGGACUCUGUCCUGUACGCCAGAGAUCUCUAUUUGGCUGAUGGAGGAUCAGUUUACCCAGACCUGUGUAACAUCAGCCUGGCCGCGAUCGGAGAUGCACAGAAGCACCAGGACCACAUUGCAUUCUGGGACGACGUCUACGGCUUCAACAUGGCGUGCAUGAAGAAGGCUGCGCUGCCCGAGGCUGGGGUGGAGACCGUGGACCCCGCCACGCUCAUCUCUGAGCCCACAGUCAUACAGACUAUUGAUUGUAACCGAGUGUGCCUCUCUGAGCUGGAAUUUGCAUCAGACUUUUGCAUGAAGAUGACACACACCACGGAUUGCACGGCGAUCGUGGGCUACUUUGACAUUUUCUUCGACAAAGGCUGUGGAAACAAGGUGUCCUUCUCCACUGGUCCAAAGGACACAAAGACCCACUGGAAGCAGACGCUCUUCCUGCUAGAGAGCCCACUUCCUGUCCAGGCCGGGGAGGAGCUUCAGGGAACGAUCAAAGUAAUCAAGAACAAGAAGGACCCCCGGUCGCUGCUGGUCACGCUGAGUCUCCGGGACAGGAGGCAGACCUACAUGCUGCAGUGAGCGUGGGAGCUGACUGGAUGGGGUCUAAGAGGAUGACUCUGAAUACUCCACCUUUGACCCGUAGGACUGAAACACAGGUGGAGAUGGCAUUCUAUGUGUUCUUCCAGAGAUGGUGUGUACUCAAAGUAUUAGCAUGGACCACACACACACACACACACUCAUGCACAUGCACACACACGCAAACACACAAGCGUGAUUUCAGAUGAGUGAGCGUGAUUUCAGACAACUGGAGGGACGUUUGAUCACAGGGAUCUAAAGUGUCAAAGGCGAUUUGUUCUUUUUAAUAAAGAUUUAUA